UUGCAACAGAAUGCUAGAAUACAUAAAUAUAAAGUAAGCUAACAUUUUUCCCGAUAACCAUUACUUAAACUGUCACUGGAGACUAAAGAUGAAGAGGGCAUUGCUGAUCUUAACACUUGUAACGUCGGCAAAUGCGUUUUCAUUCUUUGCUGAAAAACUUCCGAAUGGAGAAAACGUUCCCCAUCCCUGUAAGCCAAACUACAUGUGGCAGGGCGUAGGGCACAAAGCCAAGGGCGGAGGAGGGGCGAGGAAUUCAUUUGGGGAGGAUUUCUACAAUCAAGGAAAGGUGUGGAACGAGUCCCUCUGCAGAAUGGAUUCGGAUGGCGAUGGUAGAACCAAUGGGCAGGAACUGGGUGACCCCAACUGUUUAUGGAAGGAAGGGACAAUCCCGGAUUUUGUUACAGGAAUAACACAUCCCGGUGUAUGCGAGCCCAUGAACAGCACAAUUUGCUUGGGAAAGAACACAUGGGUAGAUUGUUCGUCAGAGUCCUUUCAGUGUGAAGCCUUAAAGAAAGAUCCAGAUGUGAGGAACAUGACACUAAAAUUUCCCGAGACAGCUGUACCUGCGGAAGAAACUAGCUAUUACUGCAUGACAUUCGAAUUUCCUCAAGAUGGUGACUAUCACAUGAUCGCAACAGAGCCAAUCAUUGACAACGUACACGUCAUGCAUCACAUCCUUCUUUUUGGAUGCACACAAAAACCAUUGAUGUCAACGAGCAAUCCCGAAUCGUGUGGAAUGGGUUCUGGAAACUGUUUUGACACUAUAGGUGGUUGGACAGUUGGAGCAUCUGGAGAAUGCUUUCACGAUAACAUAGGAUUCAGACUGGGCCGACACGGCUAUAAAUAUGGUAUCCUGCAGUUUCAUUGGAACAACCCUCAGAGGAGACCAGAUUACUUUGAUGGUUCUGGGUUGAUGAUACACUAUACUCCAAACAAACGCAUUGCUGAUGCUGGGGUUUUAAUCAUAGGACAGAACUACUUUGCGAUUCCUCCGCGUAGAGAGGAAGUGAUUGUCACUGGACAGUGUGAUAAUUUAGCCGUAAACGGGACCGUUCAUCUCACCAGAGCCAUCAAUCAUAUGCAUUAUCUUGGUAGAAAGAUGAAGAUAGAGCAGUUUCGAGGAGGAAAGAAGAUAAGAUACUUAACAAAUGAAGACGAUUACAACUAUGACUCGCCUAAAUUGAAUGAUUAUACUAUCCCAAUACAAUUCAAAGCUGGCGACACUCUCAGAACAACUUGUACUUUCAAGUCCACCGGGAAAUCCAAAACAGUUUUCUAUGGCGAUGGAACUAAUGAUGAAAUGUGUCUAGGAUUCCUGACAUAUUAUCCAAAACAAAACAUGCAAAGUCCAUUCUGUGUUCCCUUCAAAAAUCUGAAUCAGAUGUCGUUAUUUUCAUCUGAGGUAUACGGUGGAUGUCGACACUGGGAUUUUCUUUUGUCAUCAUCAGAUGAAAUAAGAAAUCUAAAAUUCCAAGUCAUAGAUAAUUGCCAACCAUUACGAGGUUGCCUGUCCGAGUGUCUGACCGUGUUGAAGACGAUAAAGGGACAUGCGUGCAUGAAGGACGACAUUGGCCAUUGGAUAAAAAAUCACGCUUUGUACAGUCAAGAUCAGAGAGUUAAUAGGACGGAAAUGACGCAGUUUUACUUGGCGACAUCUUCCUGUGACAGACAGUUUGAACAGUACGAAAACAAUUACUCUUCAGACGGAGAUCCUCUAUCGAGGCCAUCAAUCUAUCUUGUUCUUUGUAUGACUCUGUUUUUAAACUAUUUGAUUUUUAGUAAUUAAGGUAACUCCAUACUCGCAGUUUUAUCUGAUACAAGUUUAAAUUGUGUAUUUAUUUCCAUUCAUUAGAGUUAAAACUAACAAAUUAUCAAAUAAAAUACAUAGGUCAUCACACUUUUUAAGAUGUGAGACGUACAUAAUCAGAAUCAUAUAUCACCGUCAGAAAAUUGCAAUUUUCAUUAAACAGCGUUAUCAAAAUCUCAUAAAAACUGGUUAUGACGAUAUAGUAGUAUUCAUAACAAUUUCAUGAAACUGUAUCUUCACAAAAAUAUACAAAAUGUAUGUAAAAAAUAAAGGAAAUCAUUGCAUAAUAGACUUCAUAAAGAAAUCAAUAGAAACAGAGUUAUUGCCCUUGGAUUCAAUAUUUUGAAACGUAUCAUUGAUUAUUCAUCUAUAACUUAGACUUUUGAAAUAUUUUUUUUUAACAAGAUUUUUUACAAUAACUAUAGGAAAAGACUCCAACAAAAUUUAUGUUCCUAUCAUGCAUAAAUCUAAAUAAAUCAUUGAUUUUGCAAAAUCUGAUGACAUCACAGGAGGGUGGAAUUACUUUAAGUAACAGUUAAUAUAGAUUUUUAUAUUUCUUAAAUGUAUUUGUAUUUUUAUAUAUUUAUAUACUGUUGCCUAAUAAACAUUACCCAAUUAAUUCAAAA